AUGAAAGAUUUAAAAGGAGACGGAGACUACAUGUACUCAUUCAACCCGUGCUUUCCGUUUAAUGAAGGAACUUGUCUUAAUGUAGCUGGUUGUCAAACCAGCGAUUUUGAUUUGUUUUACGCGAUUGGAGAUGCCAGCAGCGGACUUCUGACGUUUAACAUUUCGUCUGGUUAUUUAGUGGGUAGAUAUACCAGUACUGAUGAGCUUGGAGUUAGCAGAACUUCAUAUGUCUCCUUCAUAUGUGACGCAACAGCAGAAACACCAAAGUUAGAGGCUUUUGGCGAAACAUCACUACGCACUUAUACAUUUGCAAUUACAUCAAAACAUGCCUGUGUAGUGCAUAAACCUACACCUCCGAAACCAACUAAAAGCUGCCACACAAACUACGGAGAUUUUAUCAAAAAAUGUGAAAUUGGGUACGAUGGUCAUGAGGAACCCGUGAAAGUUGUGUUUAUCCGAAACUGGAAUGGUAUAUGUAAAUUCCCAUCCAGCAAGGACAUUGCUAUCACAAUCUACUCUGAGAGUUCAACUUGUGCUGGCGUUGCCAAUAGAUGUCAUCCUGCUCAGCCGUUCUCAGUCAAUGGUGACGUUUGCAAAGAAAUUCAUAACUGAAACAGUUGCAUUUUCAAAGCAUAAUAUAUACACCUGAAAAUAAGUUAAGCACACCCGGCACUUUGCCUUAAUUUUGACAAGACCACAACUGAAAUUUAAGAUUUAUUCGGGCAAUGGGUACGAACACUUUGUUGUCAACCUGCAGCAACUGGAACAAGCUCUGCACCAAGAAUCAUAACAAUGUAUAUCAACAUCGCAAAAGACGCCUGAUUUGUAGUAUGAGAAGAGGGUUGAGGCUAUCAUCCGUGCACGUGGCAUUUACACAUAUUAUUGUUGU